CAGAGAUGUGAAAAAAAAAUUGGCGGGAAAUUUAAAGGAAGAUUUAAAAGUGCCCGGAAAGUUUUUGAGGAAGCGCCGGAUAAUUAUAAAUAUAAUGUGUAUUAUUUAAACAAGACAACGUCAAUUGUUGAUGAGAUAAUUGAAGAAAAUGAGAAUGACAAAUGUCAGUAAAUGACUUUUGAACUAAAUAAAACGUUGUCAAUUUUCAAAGGGAAAUAAAAUAGUCACUAGAGGUCAAAUCUAAGAAAGACAGGAAGUUCAAUAAAAUAUGUAAUUUGAAUGAGGAAAUUUGAAAUAAAUAUUAAAUAUUUAAGUACUAAAAACAAAUUAACAAUAUCAGAAUCUUGUUAAUAUUAAUAUCAUUAAAAAUGGGUUAAUUGACAUUAAUAUUGAGUAAUUAAAUAAAUGACAUUUUUAAAUUAGUCAAUGACAUUUAUCUCAGUGCAGUGCGGUGCGUGUAAACGUGUUUCUACUCAUAUUAAAUAUAUAAAAUAAAAUUUAAGACAAUCUAGUCAAGUGUUUGUGUAAGUGCUUUUUAUUAUUAUUUAUUUUAGAGAAUUUAAAGAGAAAGAGAAAUAACAUUUAUUGUCCUUGAGACGAAGGUGGUGAGGACGCGUAGUCGUGGAAAAUGCUAAAUUGCACUGAUCUUGAGUGCAUUUUGCACCAUCAUUAUUACUAUGCACAUCUACAUCAGUUACAACAACCGCCGAUUGAUAAUGCAUUUUCCACAGCCGCUGAAGACGUGGAAUAUGGAGUCAAGGCGCAGGACAACAAAACCGAUUCCCCUCAAUCUUCAUCGCAUCUUGAACCUCCUUUGGACCUUUUGUAUACCAUAGGAGGUCUCAUGAUUGCGACUGCGCUGGUUGGUGUUAUUAUUAUCCUCAUUGCAGUUACUAUAAGCAAACUCCGAAAACGAGAGGACAACGCGAAUGAUCACCAGGAGCCGGCAGUCGUCCAGACCGCGACUUCUCCUGCAAUAACAAUAAUAUUAACAACAAUGUUAAUAAUGUUAACAACAACGGUAACUACAACAACAACCGACAUCAGGAACAAUGGAAUCGUAAAUCCAGCAGCGUCUAUAACUGUUUCCGAAAUAAAUGGGAUCGUUGAUGGGACGAUCGUUACUGAGGGCAAUGAUCAAUUUGUCUGGCAGUUUCCCCCGCCUUAUCCACCGCCACUUACUCCGCCGCCUCAGUACACCCUGUACAAUGACCAGAAUACUCUAGUACAUGGUUUGGAAGGCGACCGUUCAGGAUUUGCCAAAGGAAUUCGUAAAAAUUUGGGGCGCUGGCGACGUUUGGUAAAGCGCAAGUCAGACAUGGAUACAUGUGCCAUUCCACCAGAGCUUAAGGACCAGUUGAAGACCAUCUACGUUUACUAAAUUAUCAAAAAAAAAAAAAUAAAAACAAAAACAAAUAAUUUAAUUAGCGACUAGUGAAUAAUCAAACUUAGCCUACAAUUCAAUAAAAUUAUUAGUUAAUUAAUUAAUUAGUUAAAUAAGUGUAGCGUAGGAUGUGAAAGCCUUCCACUCAGUAAUAAUGCUUUCCUGUAUGUUCCGAACUAGUAACUAGCGACUAGCGCCAUCUGGCGUCGCGUUCCGAACUACAAACUACAACCGCAGGCGGAACAAUAAUUGAGGUUACAAGUUCGAGCUACUGACGAGUACAUGUGUGUACAUAUAUCAA